AUGGCAACCAGUUCUCCAACAAUCCUUUCUAGUCCCAUAGACUCUGAGACGACAAGCAAGUAUUCUGGCGAUGAGAGUUUCUCUGUGCUGUCCCAUGAAGCGCGUGGAUCUGGUCAUACACAUGAUCACCGUACCCAGGUGCCCAUUGCCGUCGUUGGCAUGGGCUGUCGUCUCCCCGGCCACAGCAACUCUCCCACAGCUCUAUGGGAUUUUCUACAACGAGGCGGUAUCGCUAAGAAUGAACCGCCAAAGACUAGGUUUAGCCUUGCUGGCCAUUACGACGGAACUAAACGGCCGCGGACCAUGAAGUCGCCCGGCGGCAUGUUCAUGGAGGAUGUGAAUCCCGAAGUCUUCGACGGUCAGUUUUUCAAUAUCAGCCGGACCGACUGCAUUGCCAUGGACCCUCAGCAACGCCAAAUACUCGAGGUGGCUUAUGAAUGUCUCGAGAACGCGGGAGUACCUCUGGAGCAACUGAGCGGCACCAGGACUGGUGUUAUCGUCGGUACAAAUUUCAUCGACUACAACGCGAUCCAAAAUCGCGAUCCCGAAGACAGGGCUGACUCUAUUACGAGCGGUGUUGCUUCGUCCAUUUUAAGCAACCGAGUGAGCCAUUUUUUGAACAUAAAUGGUCCCAGCAUGACGAUUGAUACCGCGUGCUCAGCCAGUCUGGUCUCAGUCGAUGUGGCAUGUCGUUACCUCGACAGCUUUGGAGCAGAUGCCAUGCUCGUCGGAGGUGCCAAUAUGUGGCUCACGCCUGAACACAACGAGGAGAUUGGCAUGAUGCAUAUGACACAAUCGGCCUCGGGCAAAUGCCACAGCUUUGACGCCAAGGCCGAUGGAUAUGUUAAAGCCGAAGGAAUUAACGUUGUAUACCUGAAACGAUUAAGCGACGCCAUACGUGAUGGUAACCCAAUCAGAGCCGUGAUCCGCGGAACAGCCGCGAAUGCCUCCGGCCGUACCGCGGGUAUCGCCAAUCCCAGCUCCGAUGCCCAGGCCGCCGUCACCAGGACAGCCUAUAAGAACGCUGGUAUUAAAGACUUUCACUUAACCCAAUUCCUGGAGUGUCACGGAACUGGAACCCUCGCUGGAGAUCCGGUAGAGGUGCGAGGCGCAGCCUCUGUGUUUGCCCAAGGCCGUGAGGACGGCCAGGAGCUAGUGAUCGGGUCUAUUAAAAGCAAUAUCGGUCACUCAGGAGCCGCUGCUGGACUUUCCGGACUACUCAAAGCAACUUUGGCUCUGGAGAGCGGGAUCAUUCCCGGGAACCCGACAUUCACUGAGCCAAACCCAAACAUUGACUGGAAGGUAUCUCGUGUUAGAGCCUCCAGGACGUCGGUUAAAUGGCCAGGCACAUCCAUUAUUCGACGUGCCAGUCUGAACUCCUUUGGCUUUGGAGGUGCCAACGCACACGCGGUUCUUGAGAAUAGCUCCGUUUCCCGCCAUAUAUCAUCGUACAAGCAAGUAACGACUGAUUUUUUUGAUGAUGAUGACGAGGAAGAGGCAUCAACUGGCAACAAGCCCACUCCAACGCUACUGGUGUUUUCGGCCAAUGAUCAAUCUUCCCUGAAAAAUUACACCAAGUCACUCUCCUCCCAUCUUCUCAAUCCUAUGGUAUCUAUCAACGUCGAAGACUUAGCCUACACACUCUCGGAGAGGAGAACUAGGCACUAUUAUAGGGGGUUUGCUAUUUCACGUUCAAGCAAGGCCACUUUCAGUGACGAGAGCCUGGUCUUUGGAAAACAGGCGCCGUCCCCUCCUCGUAUCGGAUUUGUAUUCACUGGUCAAGGUGCGCAGUGGUCACAGAUGGGAGCAGACCUCGUCAAUGACUUCCCAUUGGCCAAGAAGGUCAUACAAGAGCUGGACGAGGUCCUUCAGGCACUUGUUGAGCCGCCUUCUUGGUCGCUUCUUGAAGAGUUAAGUCAGCCUCGAGACGGAGAUGCAUUGCGACAGCCUGAGUUCUCUCAACCUCUCGUGACGGCUCUGCAACUUGCGCUGAUGGAAGUCUUGGAGGAUUGGGGUAUACAUCCAAAGGCAGUUGUUGGCCACUCAUCCGGCGAGAUCGCGGCCGCGGCUGCAGCAGGUCUGAUGACACAUUCUGAUGCCAUCAAGACGGCCUAUUACCGUGGCCAGGCAGCCAAGAAGGUCGGCGCUAGUUCUGAACCCGUGGGCAUGCUUGCGGUUGGCGUUGGGCCCGAAGUACUUAGCAAGUAUCUACGAACAGAUGAGGCUGGGGUUCAGAUUGCCUGCUACAACAGCCCGAGCAGUUUGACCAUUUCGGGAACUGUCUCGUCAUUGAAGAGUCUAAGUGAUCGCUUGCAGGCUGAUGGCCACUUCGCUCGGGCGCUUCGUGUUGACCUUGCAUAUCACUCAAGCCACAUGAAAGAGAUUGGGGAGGUAUACGAAGCCAUGUUGUUGAACGAUGAAAUGUUCGAGAAGAAGCCAAACUUUGACGGCAAACCACGCAUCCAAAUGUUCAGCUCUGUUACGGGAAAGAUGCUACUGCCUACUGACACUCUUGAUGCGGCUUACUGGAAGAGAAAUAUGGUCUCCCCCGUGCAGUUUACGCAGGCCGCUUCCGAGUUGUUGAGUGACACGGAAGCCGGUGGAGACUUUAUUAUCGAACUCGGACCUAGCAACGCUCUAUCGGGUCCGCUUACACAGAUUAAGAAGAGUCUUUCUGGCCCUGCUGGUGAAGCGCAGUACACCUCAGCAUUGAAGCGAGGUGCUGAAUCAACGCUCCCCCUGUACGAUGCUGCAGGAAAGCUCUUCCUCGCUGGCGGUUCUGUCGACUUGAAUCGGGUGAACCGCAUACAGAAGCAUAGCGCCAAGGUUGUUAUUGAUCUGCCUAAUUAUGCUUGGAACCACUCAACCAGCUAUUGGCACGAGACGAGGGCUAGUAAAGAUUGGAGAUUCAAGAAAUUCGUCAACCACGACCUCAUUGGCUCCAAGAUACUCGGAACUGCUUGGCAGGCACCCGUUUUUAAAAAGGUUCUCAAGAUUGCCGAUAUUCCAUGGGUGCGAGACCACAAACUCGGCAGCGAUGUCGUGUUCCCUGCGGCUGGAUAUGUCGCCAUGGCGGUCGAAGCCAUGUAUCAGACUGCUAUGGUGACGCAGUGGGGUGAAAAGGCACCCGCUCGCUACCGUUUCCGACUGCGCGACGUGAAGCUUCUUCGUGCCCUGGUUUUGGAAGAGGAUGUUGAUACCAGGCUGACGCUGGCACUUACGCCCGCUAAGACCGGAACGACGCGAUCUUGGUAUGAAUAUCGAGUGUGCUCUGUGCACGACGGUGUGGACAUCGAUAAUAUACACAGCUCGGGGCUUGUUUGCAUCGAAACUGACUACCAAGACACCAAGGCCGCUCCCGGCGAGGUUGCGCCUCUUGAGCUCGCGACACCUGUGCGAGUAUGGUACAAGGCGUUGGCCGAUAUGGGAUACAACUUUGGCCCAUGCUUCCAGAAGCAUCUGAUGCUCGAGGCCUCAGUAGGCAAGCGAAAAACUCGUUCUAUGGUUAACCUUGAGCCUCCUCCAUCCAUCCCAGAUGGUCAGUCAUCCUAUCCACUACACCCUGCAGUUAUGGAUGCCUGCUUCCAGGCCGCAUCUCCGGCCCUGUGGAAUGGUGACUUGCCCCCACCUGGGGCCUCAGUGCUCGUGCCCAAAAUCAUUGACAGCAUCGUCAUCGAGGCAGGCUCAGACCUACCUGUUGAGGGUAUGGCCAACUCUACUGCCAGCUUUCUGGGCGUUGGUGAUCCUGAGAACCCUCGCAAUUACGCCACCAACGUUGAUGUAUACAACUCUAAAGACGGUACCUUCCUCUUCCAAAUGAAGGGUUUGGCUUCAGCCGAGAUCCAAACCACCGAUGACGAGAAGACCGCUCAUACAUUCACACGUGUGGCCUGGGAUGCAGACAUCACGCUUCUGAUGGCAAGUGAAACAUCAGAAGCACAAGAUUGGUUCAAAAACAAGUCUACUCAAAAUAUCCUGGACCUUGUUGCGCACAAGAAGCCUAACCUGAAAGUCCUAGAGCUGAACAUGACGCCCGAAGACGCCUCCAGUCUUUGGAUUCAGGAUAUGGAGACUAUUAAUCCAAUCAGAGCUGCCUGCUCUGAGAUUCAUCUGGCUAUGCUUGAGCCCAAAACCUUGAUUGGUGCUCAGGAGCGCAUGUCGGCGCAUUCACCAAGCCCACAGUUCCAUUUGAUAAAUGUAUCCAAACCAGCAGCUGUCGCCACAGACGUCAAGUUUGACCUGGCAAUAGUCAAGGCAAUCUCAAAAUCAGAAGCCGAAGAAGCGCACAUCAUAGACAGCCUUUGCAUCUCUGUUCGAGAGGGAGGAUUCGUUCUGGCCAUCGGCUUCAACGAAACGGUGCUUGGACGCCUCGGUAAGACGGUAGCAUUGGGUGAAAAUGUUUGCAUCUGUCAGGUUCGCAAAGAUAUCUCUGGAGAUGAAGCGCACGGGUCGAUCACCCAUGUCAGCCUCCUUGGCCCCUCGAUGCAGCAGGAGUCAUGCAUGAUUGGCAAGGUAGCGGACACACUCUCCCAGAAUAAAUGGAUUGUGUACCGCGGUUCCGAUCCCCUGAAGGAAAUCACAUCCAGUGAGACAGUGGUCAUCAUUCUCGAUGAGCUCUUCCACACCGUCAUGGAUCGUCUUGAAGACCGCCAGUGGGAUAUUAUCAAGCACCUCACCCGCCAGCGAUGCCGGCUUCUGUGGGUCACCACCGGGGCUCACCUCUCCGUUACGGAUCCCACCAAAGCGGCUAUUGUUGGCCUCUUCCGUACCAUCCGCGCAGAGGAGCAGCUCGACUUUGCAACUCUUGACGUGGAGAGCGCCACUGGGCCCGCGACCGUUGGUGCUAUUUCUACCUGCCUCAAGCAGCUCUGCGCCGCGGUAUCUGAUCCCGAUGCUCCUAGAGAUCUAGAUUUUGUCGAGCGUGGUGGUGUCGUGUGCAUCAGUCGUCUUUUGCCGGAUAAGAACCUCACCGCAGUCCAGAGUGACGAGUUAAGCGUGCGUCCUACCGAAGUGGUAGACAUCCAUGCAUGCAAGACGCUCGUGACGUUACGUUGUGAACGACUCGGCAACCUUGACGCUGUGCACUUUGGCGAGGUAGAGCCCGAGGUUUCGCCGUUGGCUGACGGCACGCUGGAGGUAGAAGUUUACGCCGCUGGCUUGAACUACAAAGAUGUAGUCGUGACCAUGGGCAUUGUUCCUGGUGAUGAGACGGCUCUAGGACACGAGGCCGCGGGGGUCGUUACUAGAGUUGCUUCCGGCGUGUCGGAUUUCGUACCAGGGGAUCGCGUGGUUCUCUUUGGUAAAGGAUGCUUUGCGAAUCGCAUGCGGACGACACCUGCCAGAGUGCACCGUAUCCCCGCCAACAUGUCAUUUGAAGAGGCGGCUACCCUGUCCGUUGUGUAUUUGACGAGCAUGCACUCGCUGUUUGACCUCGCCAAUCUUUCUGCUGGCAAGCGCCUCCUCAUCCACUCCGCUGCCGGUGGCGUGGGCAUUGCCGCCAUCCAGCUCGCAAAGUAUGUUGGUGCUGACGUCUUCACCACGGUUGGAACCCCCGAGAAGAGAGAGUUCCUCAGGUCGACGUUUGGCCUGAGCGAUGACCGCAUCUUCAAUUCGCGCAACACCGACUUCGCUGCCGAGAUUCUGGCGGCCACCGGCGGAGCUGGGGUGGAUGUUGUGCUCAACUCACUGACGGGUGACAUGUUGGAUGAAUCAUUCCGUAUUCUAGCAGAUGGAGGCAUCAUGGUCGAGAUUGGCAAGAAGGACAUUCUCGAUCGUGGGAACCUUUGCAUGGCCCCGUUCGACCGCAACAUCUCCUUCAGGGCCGUAGACCUAUCUCCUGAGAGAGCCCCCGAUGCACUCGUUGCUAGGCAUUUGUCCAAGCUGUUUGAGCUUAUAAAUGACGGCCAUGUCGCACCUAUCAACCCCAUCCACCGAUUCUCAUGGUCAGAUAUUCCAUCUGCAAUCCGCUUUCUCCGAUCGGGCAAACACAUGGGGAAGAUUGUGCUGUCUGAUGGCGGCGCCGACGCCAAGAUCCAUGCACCUAUCCGACGAUCUCCUAAAAAUCUCUCCUUCCGAGACGAUGGCUGCUAUCUUAUUAUUGGUGGCCUCCGAGGUCUCUGUGCUUCCCUCGCCAUAUACCUGGCCAAGGCUGGGGCAAAGCAUCUCGCGGUAAUGUCGCGCAGUGGAUAUGCGGAUGACAAGUCUCGGCACAUUGUCAAGCAGAUCAAUGGGCUUGGAGCCCACAUUGAUCUUCUAACAGCCGAUGUCACGGUGGCGGACGAUGUUCAGAGGGCUUUCCAGGAGACCAAGGUGCCUAUUGCCGGUAUUAUUCAAGGCGCAAUGGUCCUGCGGGACCGGCCAUUUGACUCUAUGACUCUCAAAGAGUAUCAUGAGGCCGUUCAGUGCAAAAUCCAAGGCACAUGGAAUCUGCACAGCGCCGCUGAAGCUAUGAACCUCGACCUCGACUUCUUCACAUUGCUCUCCAGUAUCUCCGGUGUUAUCGGGAAUCGCGGUCAAGCAAACUACGCUGCUGCCAACGUCUUCCUAGACGCCUUUGCUGCUUUCCGCCAGGCUCGUGGGCAGCGCGCCUGCUCCGUGGACCUCGGCGUCAUCGAGGAUGCUGGUGUGAUUGCUGAAAACGCGAAGUUACAUGAGCAGUUCGAUUGGCGCACGUUCAAGGGCAUUAACGACGGCCUGCUGCGUAAAAUCCUAUAUCUAUCCAUUUUGCAACAGCAGGAACUCUCGCCACCAAGCCUUGCCUCUAGAGCGCAGAUGAUCACGGGCCUGAUAUAUCCGCAGCCUGUUGAUUCCAUCCUGAAGUCUGACGCGCGAUUCUCUGCUCUGUUUACUAGCCAGAACCAUGGUGGUGGCGAUGCUGCAGCUAAAAGCGGCGGAGGAGGGAACGCGGAGGUGCAGGGACUCCUACUCCUUCUUCGAACGAAGUCGACAGAUACGGCGGCGAUACAAAAGGCGACGGUAGAGGCGGUGAAUGGAUGCUUCGUCCGCAUGCUGCGACUGGCAGAGCCAAUGGACCCGGCCCGACCGCUAGCUGUGUAUGGCAUCGACUCACUUGCUGCGGUUGAGGUUCGUAACUGGGUCAGGGCGGAGCUGGGUGCGCUGGUGACCACGCUUGAUAUCAUGAAUGCGACGUCAUUGACGACAUUCUGCGACAAGAUUAUUACUAAGAUGGCUAAUGGAGAAGAGAAGAAGUGA